CGCCCCCUCGCGGGACCCGUAGGAGCGCCCGGCGGCCCCGCCCCGCCGCUGCCGGUAUUUAAUAACCGGGACCUUCCCCCGAACCGUCUCCGGCACCGCUGCGGCACCGGCGAGAUGGCGUCCACCAGCCGUUUGGAUGUACUUCCGCGGGUGACUUGCCCAAAUCAUCCGGAUUCCAUUUUAGUGGAGGAUUACAGAGCUGGUGAUAUGAUUUGUUCUGAGUGUGGGCUAGUAGUAGGUGACCGGGUCAUAGAUGUAGGGUCAGAGUGGAGAACUUUCAGCAAUGACAAAGCAACAAAAGAUCCAUCUCGAGUUGGGGAUACCCAGAAUCCUCUGUUGAGUGAUGGCGACUUGAGUACAAUGAUUGGCAAGGGCACAGGUGCAGCAAGUUUUGAUGAAUUUGGGAAUUCCAAGUACCAAAAUCGCAGAACUAUGAGCAGCUCUGAUCGUGCGAUGAUGAACGCUUUUAAAGAGAUUACGAACAUGGCAGACAGAAUCAACCUCCCUAGAAAUAUAGUUGAUCGAACAAAUAAUUUAUUCAAGCAAGUGUAUGAGCAAAAGAGCCUGAAGGGAAGGAGUAAUGAUGCCAUUGCUUCUGCUUGUCUCUACAUAGCCUGUAGGCAAGAGGGCGUUCCAAGAACAUUUAAAGAAAUAUGUGCAGUGUCCAGGAUUUCAAAGAAGGAGAUAGGUCGGUGUUUUAAACUUAUUUUGAAAGCUCUUGAAACCAGUGUUGAUUUGAUUACAACUGGAGACUUCAUGUCACGAUUCUGUUCCAAUCUGGGGCUUCCCAAACAAGUACAAAUGGCAGCAACGCACAUUGCCCGUAAAGCUGUGGAAUUAGAUUUGGUUCCUGGGAGAAGCCCUAUCUCUGUAGCAGCUGCAGCUAUUUACAUGGCAUCACAAGCUUCUUCAGAGAAAAGGACACAAAAAGAAAUUGGUGAUAUUGCUGGUGUGGCUGAUGUUACAAUUAGACAGUCAUACAGGCUGAUCUACCCUCGAGCUCCAGAUCUCUUCCCAGCAGACUUCAAAUUUGAUACCCCAGUAGACAAACUACCACAGCUGUGAAAUUGCAGAGGGUUAAUUUCUAUUAAAAAAAACCCCAAACCCAACAAACUCUUUAUUUUUGCCUAUAAUAAAGGAUGUACAAAGUGUUAAUAUUGAGUCUUCAUGUUGUGGAACUGGAGGAGAUGGAGAUGGAGCGUAACUGCUGGAACGCAGCACACAUUCCAAGGGUAAACGAGCUCAUUGUGGCAUUUUGUAUGUAUAUACUAGUGGAAGAAAAUAUUUAAUGACUGUUGCAACAAAUUUAAUUUCAUAUUGUUGUACUUAUUUAGAUUUCUUUUGUAGGGAUCUAGUAAGAUGUAUUUUGGAAAAUUUAAAAUAUUGUGUAAUUCCCAA